CAAGAAUAAGAAGCAAACCCACUCCAGCUGCAUCUUCCAUUGAUUCCUGCUCCUCCUUCCAUCGCUUCCUUGUUGUGCUAGCUAUUACGUACUACCAUAUAUCUUCUUGACUGGGAGAUCACACGCUCGGUUUAUUCGUUAGCAGGUUCGGUACAAUCGAUGUCGUCUGCCGUCUCAUUGCAGUCGACGAUGCGGCCGGCAGCCCCAGGACUUGGGCGCCAGCUCCACGGGUCGCCGCCCUGCCAUGGUCCGGUGCUGCGACCGAGGAGUCCGCGGGCGGUGCCGACGGCGACGGUGCGUUGCAGCGCGUUCCGCCGGGACCACUACGGGGGCGCGCUGGCGGACGAGGGCAUGACGGUGCUCCGGCGGAGGAUCCGGGAGGCGCGGAUGGCCGAGACCAACUACGAGGCGCCGCCGGGGUGGGCCGCCUGGGAGAAGCGCUACUACCGGGCGUAUGUCUCCGAUGUGUCCACGCUCGCCGGCGCUCUGCAGUUGCUGGCCAUGGAUACCAGGCCCGGCGUCGCGGCUGCUGUUGCCGCGCUGGUGCUCGCCGGAGUGCCGGUGUCCGCCGUCUUCGCGCUGCACCUCCUCGGGCAGGCGGCGGGUUCCGUUUUGCACCUCGUUUCUUGAUUGACUAUCAUUCAUUCGCCCGCAGUGUGUGCUAUCUGUGUCUAUAGAUAAUUAGAUACACAGUGCAAUGGAGAUAUGUAAUUCUUUUGGCUUUAGCUUAGUCGAUUACGCAUACAUGCAGAUUAAUAGUACUA